AUGCCAAAACCAAAAACACUGCUAAAGGAAAUGAAGACGAAAAAGAAAUCGAGGAAUACUGAACCCGAAAGUGCGGAUGAAUACCUUGCCGCCGGCGUCGAGUUAGAAGAAGCUGGAGAAAAAUGGCGAGCCGGAGACGCCGUCAAGUCCAUGCGGUUUUUCAUGCGCGCUAUUGAAAUGUAUGAUACAGGUCUGAGGAGGUUUCCGAAUUCGUUUGAUUUGGCAUACAAUAAGGCACGGAUACAAUACGAAAUAACCCAACAUCCAAAACUAGCAACCCAACUCCCUGGCCCGGCCGUCGAAAUCCUCCACAUCGCCCUCAAAUCCCACAGACACGCCCUAACCCUCCAGCAAGAUAAUGCGGAAAUCCUCUUCAACACCGCACAGGUAUUGACGAGUUUAGCAGAGGCGAUCACGGAGGGAAAACGGGCUACCGAGCAACAUACACAUGAAGCCCGCAAAUAUUUGCAGGAAUCGUUGGACCUCUUCCAGCGGUGCCUAGGCGUGCAGGAAUUGCGGUUUACGGAAGGACAGCAUCAGCAAGUUGAGAAUGUGGCCAUGGCGGAGGCCGGUAUCGUUGAUCGCGACGAGCAGAAACCCAUUUCGAUAACAGAUCAGCCGAUGGAGGGGUCUGAAACUGGAGGUGGAAGCGGGACGAUGGAGCCCACACGGUCGGAGCAGUGGGCCACAGUCAUUGAGCCAGUGACCAAAGAUACACUUGUUGACACCGCUGUAGCGCAAUUGGAGACAUUGGCUACGUUUUGCGGGUUACUUACGCUCGAUCCUGGAAGCACUCUUGCAUGGAUAGAAGAGUAUUCUGCAGACCUGCUAAGGGAGAAAAUUGCGGUAUAUGUAGAGGGGACAGACAGGCAGAACGAGGUAGCGCUCGCCCGUGCCAAGUUCAUUUCAAUGCUGGCGGAAGUCUCGUUUCGGAGCGGGAGGAUUGAUUUUGACACAUAUAAGAACGAGCUGAGCGCAGCAUUCGGAGAUGUGAAGGAUUUGUCUGCGAAUCCGGGAGCGCUUUGUGGCCAAGCAGAAUCGCUAGUGGCGUUCAAUUCUGCCAUGGCAGAUUGCGACCAGCCAUACAAAGAGGACACGUUCAAUAGCCUGUUAACGCUACGAUGGCAAGCGCUAUCGUCAGCCCUGGAUUCGCUUACUGCGGCGACGAAACUUCCCGAAGCUCAAAAUUUACCCAAGAUCCACCUUGCGAGAGGGGACGUGGAGAUGUAUCGUUGGCGCUUGGGUGGGCAGCCUUGGAACUAUCAAGUAUCCAACGCAAAUGCCGCCACCCUCCUGAAAAAUGCACAGACAUACUAUCGUGGAGCGGCUGCUCUUGCCAGAAGGGACGGAUUAGACGAACAGGAUCUAGAAGGGGCAGCAAAAGAAGCACUGGCCUUUGCCUUCGCGGACGACAUGCAGAAAAUGGAAGGAUUGAUAGCAAGCUCGGAAAAGGAAUUGAGGCAGAUAGCGGAGGAUAUGGUUGACGACGGCUUGGUUUCGGCUGAGGACAUGGAAUCGGCUUUCCGGAAAGUUGUCCCGGAUGAGAUCGUGUUCUGA